UUUAGGCUAUUAGGAGGGUAGUCUAGGGAUUCCAAGUAUAAGGAAGUCCGGCUGUUAUAGAACAGUACGCUCUGUUGUCUGUUCAGUGUUCACCCAAAACAAUAGAAAAACAGUAGGCUCCGCUCGAUUUUCUUCCUGGCUGAAGGCAAGUCAGCCACCUGUUCGUCUUCUUGAUCAGGAGGUGAGUAUCAAAAUUGUUAAUGGAAUCUCUCUAUCAGCUAAACUUUAAUUGAUGACGUUUGUUGGAAGGCUACUGCGAUUGCUCCACCGAAGAAUAUGAAGAUAUGUCAUGUGAUUUCCGUUGUUCUUCAACCACUCGACUGUUCUUAGUUCCUAGAGUCGAUUGAAUUGAAAUGGUGAGAAUAAUUUGAGAUUUGAAUUCUGUUAUACGAUUCAUUAGGCUGUGCAGUAGCCACUGAUUGAAAUUCUAAGUUAUUGAGAUGGCCACGAAUUGUCCCUCAUUCACUGUCUCUGUCUGCAUCCUGUUUCAAGCUUCCACAAUGUGUUCCUUCUUACUUGUCAACUAAUCAGAUGUAUGUCAUUGCUUGUUAGGUUUUUUUUUUUUAAUCUCAUUGAUUAGGGACACUGUCUAACUGGUUGAUGACUCUGAAUUUCUAAUUUGACAUAGUUUAGUUUGUAACUGAUUUCAUAGGAUAACCUGCAUUUAGGUCUACCGAGGAAUAUGCGAAAUACAUUUUUUUUAAUCUACGAUGGCGCUUGAUUUCCUAGCUUUAUAGACACAUGAUUAUAAUCUAAUUUAGGACUUGGGUUGUGCUCAGCUUUGUGGUAAUGAGAGCUUAAAUUGUUCAUGUCUGCAUAAUCAUGUCUAUUGACUAGAAACCCUUUCUUCUAUUUUCAAAAACCCUUCCAUAUUGGCCUAUUUGUCAAUCUUAGAAGCAUGCAGCUUUGAAGCUGAUUCCUCUCAUGAUCUGGUUUUGAUGAUUUUGUGAAAGUGAUUAAAUAGUUCCUCAUUAUCAGUAGCAGAACUAAAUAAUCCGAUACUUCAUUUCUUUUAAUGUAAGAGAACUACAUAAUCUAAUUCUAAUAUGUUCCUUAUGUGAUCACUUUGUUGUGAAGGUCAAAUUUAGAUGUUGUGCAAUGUUUUCUCCUGGAACUGGUCUUGUGCACCCUCCACUGCUCACGCUUCCUAAAAAUUGCUAUUGCUGAAUUUGGGUGUCACAUAUUGCAUAGCUUGCUACUUUCAUACAUACCAGCAUACCAUUGUACUCGAUCCGGUCCUUAUUUAGAAAUGAAUGGCUCCUGUGUGAGCUUAUGGUGAUCAUAUUGGUGCCCUAUCUGCAAUCAUAUGGUGAACUGAGUAGUUGUUCUUGUAGUUUCAGGAAUGUUGAAGCAUGGAACCAGAAGAUCCUGGCUACUCAGUAACCGGAGGUUGCUAUUCAUAUCCUUAUUUGUGGUUGUAAUUCCUCUUAUCUUGUUUUUUCCUCAAGCUGCACCACGGAGCAGGGGUGACUUUGAAUCAGAUCAAUAUCACGCGACUGUUGAACUCAGAAACGGAACCGAGGUCAUAUGGCAGAUACCUCAGUCUUCUAAAGCUGUCCUAUUUCUGGCUCAUGGUUGUAAUGGCAGAGCUCUUAACUUCUGGGACAAAUCUCCCAGCUGUGCCAAUUGCAUCGGUUUACCCGAGGAGAGGCUACUUGUGUCAAAUGCGCUUGCUCGUAACUUUGCUGUUGUCACAAUAUCAAGCAGAGGAAGGUGCUGGACAUUUGGGGAAGAGAUGUUAACUGUGAAAGAUAUGCUAGAAUGGUGGGUGCAUAAACAUAAGCUUCACACAGUUCCUCUUGUGGCCUUGGGGGCCUCUUCUGGUGGGUACUUCGUUUCUGCUCUUGCUACCAAUCUGAAGUUCAGUAGUAUUACAAUCAUGAUUGCUGAAGGAGUUUUUGGUGAGAUGGAUAUCCCGGAGGACUAUCCACCUACUCUUUUCGUCCAUAUGCCGAAAGAUGUGCACAGACAGAAACAGAUAAGUGUAUAUAUGGAGAUGCUGAAAAGUAAAGGCAUCGAUGUUGCAGAGGUUGAAUGCUUAGACCUUCCCUUGUCAAAGAAUUUCUUAGCUGACAGAGUUCCAGGACUUGAUCCAAUUGUCUCAGCCAAGUUGUUUAAUCUAUUCAAGGACAAAGGUUUUGUUAAUGAGCAAGGAUACAUGAAAAAAGAUGGGCGUGCUACACGCUGGAAAGAAGCUCUCCGAGGAAGUCAGAUCAUGCUGGACAAGAAUUUGUUCCAGCAUGUGCAGGAGGAACUAAACCUUGCUUUUGCAUUCCAUGAAAUGACGAGCUUGCCAUCUGAUGCCAUAUUUAAAUGGUUUGAAUCCCAUAUGAAGAGUUCUUCUAUUUCACGCAAACCCCACCAUCUCCUUGCAGUAGAAUCACCCAAAAGUUGAGAAUUACCGCAGAUAGUUUCACGGUUAGUAUCUCAUCAGUCUUUUUCUCAUAAUCUCAGAGUUCUCCAUGUUUGCACCAAUGCUCUUAGUUAGAGGCAUUGUAUUCUGAUCUGAAAAUUGAGCAUUUCUUCUACGCUAUUCUCUUUCAAAAUGUACACUGUGGGAUAAAGUGAUAUAACUUGUAUGUCCAUAACUUGCAAAGCAGACUGCCACGAAAUUAAUUGAUGAACAGUAAGAGGCAUGGAAAACAGAGUGGUUUAAGUUAAUGGCUCGCAGUUAUAUUGUUUAUUUGAUGUCGUAGUUACCCGUAGUUGUUGCAGAUGUUGCAGUAAAAAUUUGGUAGCUCCGUUCUGCAUCAUUGACAUGUACAAACCCGUAAACUGUUUGUGCAUAAGGUAACCGUGGUGCAUUAGUCUUCCAUCCUAGCCCUGGUAGCCGUUUUUUUUUACUUAUCCCUGCCGGAAAUUCUCUGUAAUUAGAAUGCAUGAUCCCCUGCGAGCCCAGCGUAUUAUGCCACAGACUCGCAUCACAGCCCACAAGCAGAGGUUACGCUGCUUUAAGAUCCCCUUCCUUGGAUGUCAAAUUACUUACUUGGUGCUUUUUACACCACCUGGCCUGGCCAUCGUCUCCUUGUUUUCCAUUAUUUCUUCUGCUCUGCAUAAUUUCCCCUAUUAGGAGGCUUCACUUUCAUCAGAUAAAAGAUUAGAGAGCUAUCUGCUCAAUGGCUAAGCAGGUUUGCUUUCCCGUGUUUGACAACCUACUUGCUGUCCUUUGUAUAUUUUUAGAUGUUGAUUGAUACCUUGCACUCAAGUGGAAGGACAUCCAUAUUUGUUCAACCCCAUAUCAUUCUCCCUAAAAUCAUUUGACAUGUAACGGGAUGAACUUAAUCUCACAUGGUGGGGGAAGGCGGGAAAGCAUGGAAACUAAUAAAGAGAACUACCUGCAAUGGCUGAUGAAGUAUUUAUAUUGUAAUAUCCAUGACAUAUGAUUCAGAUUAGAUUACAUACUUUUGCUCGUUGUAUCUUGACACGAGACUAGAGGAACAAUAUGUGAGUGAUUCUUUCUCAACCGAACUCACCAAAGUUUACUUGCUUGUUUAAUUUGUUUAUUCUUCUUAGCUUUAACUACAAUCCAAUUGCUAGAUAACGUGUGAACAAUCGAAGUAAGUGCAGAUAGACCGUCCAGGUUGAUAUUAAAAUACUUACUCUAUCCUACACCCUCUAUAGGUUGCACUUGGUCUAUAGUUGGGAUCAAACUGUAAUAAUAGCGCGAGUCAAGUUUUUUUGGCGUCGUUGCCAAGGAACACAGUCUGUUAUGUGGAAAAAGUUGUUUACUAUUAAUCUAGCACUUCAUUUUCCCAUUUUGAGUUUGAAUCUUGCUUGUCUUGGCUUGUGUUGUGUUUUGUGAAGUGUGUGUAGCAGUUGUAUGAUCCGAGGAGGAAGUUGAAGUUGAGAAGGAAGUUGAAUUCGAAGAAGAUGUUGAAUUUGAAAACCUUGAGAUAGCGAACAAAGGUGAACAAGGAGGUGAUGAAGCCAGGACGAUGGGCUAUACAUGUCUCCACGGGUGGGCGACAUCCAAUUGAGCAUUCUUCACUUGCCCGUGGCAGCCAAUAACUUUGCAAUUAAGACGAGCCGCAUCACCAUGAUUUAGAACAAUAUCCAAUUCAAUGGACUUGAAGAUGAAUCCCUGGGGUAGCAUAUCAAUCGAUUUUACGAGUUGACAGAUGGCUUAAAGAUCAAUGCGGUACCUCAAGACGCCCUUUGGUUUAGACUUUUCCCCUACUCCCUUAGUGGGAAAGCUUAGAGUAAGCUCAACAAAAGGCCUCCCCUCUCAAUUACAUCAUGGGGAGAUUUGCUAACCAAACUCAAGAAUCGGUAUUGCCCGUCUUCCAAAACGGCAGAGUUUAGGAAGCAGAUCACUCACUUUGCCCAAGAGGAUGAUGAAACCUUAAGAGAUGCGUGAGAGAGGUACUCCGAUCUCUUUCACCAAUGCCCACACCAUGGCUUUGGGGAGCACUUAUGGAUUGAGACAUUAUACAAUGGUAUCUUCCAAGAAGAUUGAACUCUUAUUGAUUCUCUUUGGCAAGGGAAUAUGCGCAACAAUACUCCACUCGAGAUGACUAUAUUGUUUGAAGAAAUCGUCGUUAAGGGCUAUGAUUGAGGGAUGACAAGGCGUGGAAGUAAGAUUCGUGAGAGGGGAGUGUACUCCAUCGAAGCAAAUCCUCCACUUGCGGUAAAGAUUGAUGAGUUAAUCUAGGUGAUUUCACAUGAUAAGAAGCAAUGGAAGAGCUUGGUUAUGGUUUGUGAUUGUUCUUCAAGUCCUAACCAAGAAGUUGAAGAAUGUCAAAUCAUGAGGGAGGUGAGUACUCUGGAAGAACAAGUGAACUUUAUUGUCAAUGUUGGGGGGUCAAUCCAAAUAACAACCCCUUUAGCAAUACAUACAAUCAGGGGUGAUGCAAUCAUCUCAACUUUGUAUGGUCGUGACCAACCAUUCCAAAGCCACCCGGUUUUCGAGGGCCAAUCGAAGGUUAUCAACCAAGACCUCCAUUUGUUCGAAGGCCACAAUUUCAUUCCUCAAAUUUUCAGCAACAACAAUAUCAACCACAAGGUGUGCAAGGGUUUCAACAACAACAACCCGAUAGGAUCUCCAAACUCGAAGAACUAAUCACAACCUUUGUGAGUACAUGUUGUCAAAAGUUUGAGAAGAUUGAGAAGCUCAUGGAAGUCGCAACAAAUAAUUUCACUUCGGUUGAGGUGGGUUUAAGAUGUCAUCAAACAAGUCUUCAAAACUUGGAGACUCAAAUUGACAACCUUGCCGAGAUCCUCACCGAGAGACCUGAAGAAGAUCUACCUUCCAAAACCGUGGCUAACCCCAUAGAUCCAAGAGUGGUGGUGCAUGCUAUUACACUAAGAAGCGGGAAGUAACUUGAUCGAUUCAUUGCGUGCAGGUCAUCGUCAUUAGUUUGCACGUCUCAAUAACUACCCAUCCUAGGCCAAGUUUAACCUAAAAUGGCAUUGUCAUAUAGUGGCAAUCAAGGUCGUAUUCACUCGGGUCCCGUUACCCUUGCCUACUUCCCACGUUGUUGCUAACUAGCCGGUCGAUUUAAGGGGGUUUGUGUUGGAGGAUUCAAGUGAAAUACUAGUAGAGAGAAUAAACAAGGAUAAAAGCAGGUACUUCGGGGAGCUAUCUCUCCCCCUAGCCUAGGUCUAUCAUUCAAUGUCUAAAUAAGUUGGGUUAAGUGAAUGCGGUGAGUGAGCUCUUUUCCGUGGGCCUUUGUGAUUAUCCACAUGCCUCUGAGUAUGCCUCCACUAAACUCAUGUCAGUCACCUCGAUCUAGGCUAUCGUAUCUGAGUCUUUAAGAACAUAGCUCCUUUCAAUAGGUACUACCUACCGUCCACACCGAGGUUUCAUCAUGGGUUCCAUCUAGGAAGGUAUUCUUAUGGCAGGGGUAUGAUCGCCUCGUCCACCACAAGAUCCGAUUCAUUCAUCUAACCCUAAUCUGUCAGAAGAAGCAUACCCAUCUAACUCUAAAACUCCUUACCCAGCGUAUAAGCUCAAGUAGGCUAGUAGAGAAGAUUAGGGCGACUUACCUAAGCAUAAUUAAAGAUAGAGAAGCAUUAAAAUCAGCUAGGCAAACACAUUCAUUCAAAACCCUAAAAUAUUCAUCCAUUACAUGAUAGCCCUAAAAUUAGGGUUUGGGGUUUAGAACCCCUAGUACUUAAGAGACUACUCCAUAAAGGAGGGAAGAAGAUACAUAGAAGAAUUUGGGGAAGACUUGAUGUUGUAGAAGAUGGCUCCUCUCUUCUAGCUCCUCCUCCUUAUCCUCUUCUCCUUCCUUCAUCUUAUCUCUCUCUUCUCUCUCUAAAUUAGAAAUUUCUAUCUCAAAAAUAAGCUCUCCCAAAAUGGGGGGGGGGGGGGGCAAUGUUUCCUUGUAGCUCACACGGAAGCUGUUCUAAUGUUUCUACUAACCAGUGGAGAUGAGUGGGAGCGGGUGAUGCCAGACCACCAAUAUUAGACUAUACAAAGAUGAAAAGUUUGGGUGAUAGGGAUUUUAAGGGAGAUGUGAGUCCAUAUGCUGUUGUAGAGUGGUUGAUGGAGAUGGAAGACGUGUUUGAAAUUCUUUAUGCGACUCCAAAGGAAAAAGUACAAUAUGUUUUUUUCUCCUAAAUGGGUACGCCAAGAGUUGGUUGUCCUCAGCCUCAAGAGUUAAUGGCCAACGAGUUCCAUUCACCUAGGAAGAGUUCCUCAAUGCUUUUUAGACAAAAUUUCUUCUCGAAGCUUUUAUCAGGGCAAAGAAUAAUGAGUUCGCCAACCUUAAGCAGAGGGACAUGAUAGUUACUGAGUAUACAAUCACGUUUGUUCGACAACUCUAUUUUAAAGAUGGGUUGGCGGAUACUGAGCAUAAGAAGAAGAUAAGACACUUACAUGGUCUGUUCCUAGGGAUGAAAGAAAAUAUCCACAGGGUUAAUGAAGAAAGUUUGGCCACUAUCAAGGAAGCAACACUUAAGUAUGAAGCCUAUGAAGUUGAGGGUCGACAUGAACACAAGGCCAAAGAAAAAGAAAAGAAGAGGAAGCUAGGAGUAAAGUAUUUUGGACCUCUUUACCCAAUAAGGAGGGGUCCUAGCACGGUGGUGAGAACACAUAGUCAAUCUAUGCCAGGAACAUCAUAUUGGGCACCAGUUUCCUCAGCCGCACAAUAUCCAUUUUGUCAAGUCUGUCAGAAGAUGAAUCUUAGAGAGUGUAGGAGGUUUUCUGGUGUAUGUUUUCACUGUGGCCUGCCUGGGCACGCCAUGAGGGAUUGUCCUUAUAUGGGAAGAGGAAGAGCUACAUAGUCCAAGCCUUCAAUGCAAUUUAGUAGAACCCCAACCAGGAGUAGUUAUCAGGGAGACCGCAACAGAUAUCAUGGUGGUCGAGGUAGUUCACAAGGUGGUCGAGGUGGUGAGAAUCAAACAUCUGGAAUGGGUACACAAGGUGCCACAACACAGGGAACAUCGAGGGUUUAUGGAAUGACUCGAAGUGCGAUGGAAAUAGCACCAGAAGUGGUGACUGAUAUGCUUUCUAUCCUUUGCAGGGAAUUAUAUGCUUUGAUCGAUACUGGUUCCCCGCACUCAUUCAUGUCAUAUAUGUUUGCACAUAUGCUACGUUUAGUACUAGAUAAGCUAGGUUAUACAUUAUGUGUUAAAACACCCGUGAGAGAUACCUUGAAGGUGGAUUCUGUAAUUAGGAGUUCCUUUAUUUGUGUGGAAGGAGCCUUUCUAGCAACAUAUUUACUUCUGCUACCUUUUGAGUUAUUUGAUAUUAUCCUUGUGAUGACUUGAUAUAUAUACAUGUUUUUGUCCACCAUUCUUGUACCGUUUGAGUCUUAUUUCUCGUGUUUUAGGACGAUUUCACGCUAGGUUGUUUUUGUUUGUGAUAUUUCAGGUCCUAGUACGUGAAUGAAGGUUUGGGAACGAGUUCGGGGUCGAUUGGACGAAGAUUGGACGUUUGGCGAGAAGCUGAGGAAGCCACGUGGGCACACCUAAAAUCCCACACGGCCGUGUGACUUGGCCGUGUUGCACCACUUUGCACGGGAAAGCCACACUGGCCGUGUAGGGGACCCCUAGUGGCCGUGUGGAAAGUCCAAGAAGCUCACACAGGCAGCCUGGAAAUCCACACGGCCGUGUGUCCCUGGCCGUGCAGCAUGCCUGGAAGUCACUUAAUCGAAACGCGGUGUUUUGAGAGCCACACGGGCAGCUGAAAUUUCCACACGACCGUGUGGCCUGGCCGUGUGGUCGGGAAUUUCUGGGUUUAACCCAAUUUCGAGGCAAACGAGAGGGGCUCGACUUUUUGGAGCAAAACAGAGUUUUAGAGAGAGAAAGUGCGAAGAACAAACCCUAGGAGCUAAUUGGAGUGGAUUUCUCACCAUUGAAGCCCAGAUUGCAUCCCAAGGAGUGAAGAUUGACAUCCCAGAGCAGAUUCUUCCCAUUGUUAUGAGUAUGACUGCUUUGUAUUCUGUUUCCCUCUCUCUCUCUCUAUGGAGUAGAACUUUAUCUCACUUGGGUAUGAAGAACCCUAGUUCCAUGUGUUAGGGAUCUUGAUUGUAAUGACUUGGGAUUGUUAUAUUGUUUGAUUUUAAUCGAUUGAUGCAUGAUUCAUUGAGUCAAUUGAAGUCUGAUCAUCUUUUCUUGAUUUCUGCCGCAACCCGAUAGAUAGAAUCUGAUUAGGUUGUUAGAGCUUCAUCAAUAGGUAGUGGUAGAUUGGUUAUACGAGAGUUAAUCAAUCUACUUCUUUGUACUGGAACCCGAUUCCAGUAGUGGAGUUCUGGGCUUAUUGCCUCAACAGUCUAUCCCGGUGAAGGUUAGUGGCCUACCGGUUAGCCUGCGUGAGAGGGCUUGGUCAGCUUAAGAGAUUCCAAGCUACUGUCGGAUCUUCCGCAGUUUAAUCAACAGUUAAUCAACCCAGGGUAAUUAC